CACAUUUUCCAGAAAAGCAUUUCCAAGGAAGGGUCUCUGAUUUGAUCAUUGAAAUCGAUACAAACUGUUGUUUCUUGCCCUGCGUACCAUAAUUUCAUCUGAAGCUUCUUGUUCGCAAAUGCUAAAUUCAUCAAGAGGAAGAAGCCAGACAAGGUCAACUCGAUCGAUGCCGUUUGCUGUCAUGGAACCUGAUCCUAAAAAGAAGAGCAAUGUUGUUGGAAAAAUCCUUAUAGUUGCUGCACUUACAGCCUUAUGCAUUAUCAUGCUCAAGCAAUCUCCAUCCUUCAGUACUCCCACUCAUUUCUCCCGACACGAAGAAGGGGCAACUCAUGUUCUUGUAACCGGCGGUGCGGGAUAUAUCGGUUCGCAUGCUGCUUUACGACUUCUCAAGGAGAAUUACCGAGUAACAAUCGUGGACAAUCUUUCACGUGGAAACAUGGGUGCUGUCAAGGUUCUACAAGAGUUAUUUCCCGAACAUGGCAGGCUUCAGUUCAUUUAUGCCGAUCUAGGGGAUGCAAACGCUGUAAAUAAAAUAUUUUCGGAAAAUGCCUUCGAUGCUGUUAUGCACUUCGCGGCGGUUGCAUAUGUCGGGGAGAGCACGAUGGAUCCUCUCAGAUACUAUCACAACAUUACUUCAAACACCUUGACGGUCUUGAAGUCGAUGGCUGCUCACGGUGUUCCAACUUUGAUAUAUUCUAGUACAUGUGCGACGUACGGUGAGCCUGAAAAGAUGCCAAUCACUGAAGAAACCCCACAGGUUCCGAUCAAUCCAUAUGGAAAAGCUAAGAAGAUGGCAGAGGAUAUGAUUCUGGAUUUCUCCAAGAGUUCAGGCAUGGCGAUUAUGAUUCUAAGAUACUUCAACGUGAUCGGAUCGGAUCCGGAAGGAAGAUUAGGCGAGGCUCCAAGACCCGAGUUGCGUGACCAAGGACGAAUUUCGGGGGCUUGCUUUGAUGCUGCUCGUGGUAUCAUUCCUGGUAUCAAGGUGAAGGGAACUGACUACAAAACGGAUGAUGGAACUUGCAUACGUGACUACAUCGACGUUACCGACCUGGUUGACGCUCACGUCAAAGCUCUCCAACAUGCAAAGCCUCGUAUCGUAGGGAUCUACAAUGUCGGCACGGGGACAGGAAGAUCGGUGAAGGAGUUUGUAGAGGCAUGUAAGAAAGCCACGGGGGUGGAUAUAAAAGUCGAGUAUCUUCCCCGUCGACCCGGAGAUUACGCGGAAGUGUUCAGCAAUCCGUCUAAGAUCAGGCAAGAACUGAACUGGACUGCUCGAUAUACCAAUCUAGAGGAGAGUUUACAGAUUGCAUGGAAAUGGCAGAAGGCUCAUCAUAGGGGAUACGAUUCAUCGUAGAUGAUGGUUUUGCUCGAAGAAA